CCUUGGCCCGUCCUCCUGUUCGAUCUGUCAUGACGUCACCGCCCCCCUGCAGCCAAUCGGCGAGCGCCUCCCGGAGCCGGGGAAUUCCAGCUCUCGGGGAGGAAGAGUCGUGUAACUUUAUCCUCAGAGUUGUCACCUACCCAUAGAGGGGCCACACCGCCCACCGGGCUCCAUUCUCCUCCGUGUUCCUGUGUACAGCCAGCAUGAGGGAGCCGGGCAGGACAGGUUCUAACUGCAUCCUUUCCCAUGACCCACUAGAUGAUGUUAUGGAGUUAAUCAGCAAUGAUUCUGUAAAUACAAGACCACAGAACGAUAUGGUCUCCUUUCCUAUAUUAACCGAUCAUGUUCCAUGUGGCGGUCUCCUUGAUACAGUUACCAUCAACCAAUACCCAGCAGAACCAACUGUUUCUUCUGAAUGGCAACCAUGCCAGACCUCUGCACUACCCACCCUGAUAAUCAAGGAACAGCCAAAGCAGCGGGGGAUGCGCUUCCGGUAUCGGUGCGAGGGGAGGUCUGCCGGCAGCAUCCUCGGGGAAAGCAGCAAUGAUCAAACCAAGACCCUUCCUGCAAUACAGCUGUUAAACUGCGAGGCGAUCCGGGAAGUUCAUAUUAGCGUCUGCCUGGUUUGGAAGGACCCUCCUCAUCGUAUCCACCCACACGCCCUUGUGGGGAAAGACUGUCACGAUGGCAUCUGUGAAUUCAUACUGCACCCAAAUGAAGGAGAGACUGAACAUUGCUUUAGUAACCUUGGUAUCCAAUGUGUCCGGAAAAAGGAAAUCGAGUCAUCGGUUCAAGCCAGGCUAAAUUUGGGGAUAGAUCCCUAUAAUGCUGGUAUGUGGCGGCACCAUGAGGAAGUAGAUCUCAACGUGGUCAGGCUUUGUUUUCAGGCCUGGUAUACUUCACCUGCCGGACAACAGAUGAAAAUUGGACCUGUGUUGUCAGAGCCCGUGUAUGAUAAGAAAUCCACAAAUACAUCCGAACUGAAGAUAUGCCGGAUGAAUAAAGAGUAUGGCCACUGUGAAGGGGGAGAAGAGGUGUACAUCCUGUGUGACAAGGUGCAGAAAGAGGAUAUCAAGGUGGUAUUCUUUGACAAUUCGUGGGAAGCCUGCGCCAACUUCUCCCAAGCUGAUGUGCACAGACAGAUCGCCAUCGUUCUCAAGACGCCACCAUACCGCGAUUUGCAUAUCUGUAACCCGGCUACAGUGCAAGUCUGCCUGCAGAGGAUCACUGACGGCAUCCGCAGCGAUGGAGUGAGCUUCACAUACUUGCCACAUGAUGGAGAUUCCCAUGGAGUGCGCAGAAAGCGACCUCGCAUCUCUUCUCCGCUAGAUGAGUUUGUCGGACACGACCCACAUGGGAUUGAGAGCAGGAGACGACAAGCAAGACCCGAAUACACAGACUACAUAACUUCUCCAUCAGAUUACGGGAUCCUUCCUGCUAUUGAUCCAUUUAAUAUCCUGACUGACCCACAAAUAUUACAGGAUUAUGUGACACACAUUGAAGAUACACAUUCAAACCUUGACAUCUAUGCUGCAUGGACCACCGCUGACCUGGAGGAACAAGCAACUGCAAGUCAUUUUGAAAGCAUCCAAGCUUACAAUGAUGGAGAGGCCACAGCCAGCUUGGUUGGGCACAGUCUCAGCCUCACAGGAGAGCAGGCACAGAUGUACUCAGAAUGCCCCUACGCAGAUGAUAUGAGAAUGGGUAGUUGUUGACCUUCAGUGGCUGCCUAUCCAGAAAUUGACUGAAUGUACCAUCUGUUAAUCACAAAUGAUUGGAAAACUCACUUUGGUCAUUGUCUAGACACGUGUUAACCCGAGUGGACAAGUGGCACUGGGAGCCCGAGAGCACUUAUUGUUUUUUAUGUAAAUAUAAAGGUUAGCAGACAAACCAACCAG